GAUCCACACAUGAUCCACAUCCACACCUUUACCCACAAAUUCAUGAUUUUUAUAUGCAGAAAUCGAAAUUUGGUAAAAUUUUAUCUAAAAAGAGUAUGGUUUAUUAGGUUUUGUUGAAACAAAUAAAUAAACAAGAAACAGCUGAUUGAACUAAUCAUUGGAACCAUUGGAACUAAUGAACAGCUGUUUCUUGUGAAUCAGAAAUCAUUGUUUUUUCUAUAGUUUUUCCAUAUUUUUUACAAUAAAUGUUAUUUAAGUUAAUGUUCUGUGAUUUUUAAACGUUCCUCAUUGAAAGCGCCGUAUUACAAAAGUAAAAAGCAUAUAUGAUGACAAAUACAAAUGAUAUUUUAACUACUUUGAAAAAUGGAGUUAGAAAGAUUACGUUUAAUCGCCCACAAAAGAAAAAUGCUUUAAAUAAACAAAUGUAUUUAAAAUUAAUAGACUUAUUGAAUGGAGAUGCAAAAAAAGACGAUGUUAUUAUCACAAUAAUAACAGGAAAUGGCGAUUUCUAUAGCAGCGGUAACGAUUUCAGCGAAGCCAGUAAUGAAACAGGUCUUGCUACAGUCAAAAAUCUAGUACAAGCUUUUAUUGACUACCCAAAGCCAAUAAUAGCUGUCGUUAAUGGUCCAGCUAUAGGAAUUGCAGCAACAAGUGCAGCUUUGUGUGAUGUUAUCUAUUGCUCAGACAAGGCCUAUUUUCAAACACCCUUUGUCAAACUAGCUAUUUGUGCUGAAGGGGCAUCAAGUUAUUUAUUUCCAAGAUUGUUAGGACGUAGCAAAGCUUCAGAAUUAUUACUUUUGGGCGAAAAGCUAUCUGCUCAAGAAGCAUACAAUUUUGGUUUUGUUUCUAAAGUAAUUCCUCAUGAAGAGAUUCAAACAUUCACUGAUAGUUUAUAUAAAUAUGGUAGUUUACCUCUGAAUUCUGUAAAAGUAAUAAAACACUUAAUUAUGAUAAAUUUAAAAAAUACUUUAUCAGAUUGUAAUAAGAGAGAAAUGCUCAGUUUAGUGGAAUGUUUAAAAUCUGAUGAAUUUUCACAGGCUUUUAUGAAUUAUUUUUCUAAAAGUAAAUUAUAAAUUAUGAGAGAUCCUAGAACUCCUGUAAUUUCCUUUGCAUUUAAUCUUACAAUUUAGAAAAGUUGGUAAUCAAUUUUCGGUUGUUGGAUCACUUUAAUUAAAGUUUCUAGACUUUAAGUCUUAUGCAAGUAAUGAACUAUAUGAAAUUAUAUAAACAUAGUAUGUGCAUACAUGCAUCCAUCAUGCAUUGUUGAUAUUAUCCAAUUUGAUUGGUCUCUGUGAUUGGUCUAUUUCAAAAAAUGACAAUUCAUACUUUAGUAUGAUUAGAGUGACGGAUGACGCAGGACGGAUGGAUGUAUACCCACAUUUAGAUAAAUCUGUGAAUUUGAUUACCCUUACUUGUUUUAUUUAAGAUGAUUUUAUACUGGGUUUAAAAAUAUUGAAAAAGUUUUUUUUAAA